UCCGGGCCGGGGCGCAAGGCUGCACCCGCCCAGCGCUUCCCGCAGCUGCUGGUGCUGUGAGCUCCCCAGCGCUCCCGGGUCUACGCGCCUCCGGUCCCCGGGCUCGCCGCUCCCGGGUCUCCGCGCUCCCCCGGCUCGCGGCUUCCUGGUCUCCACGCUCCUCCGGCUCGCCGCUCCCGGGUUUCCGCGCUCUCCUGGCUGGUGGCUCCCGGGCCUCGGCGCUCUCCUGAGCACCUGGCUCUCGCCCCGGUUCCCAGCUGUUGUGAAGUCUCUACACGUGGAACCCAAAGUGCAGUGACUAACCAGAUAGGCCUCUUCGCUCGCAGUCAAAUGCUGGACCUCAAGGAUGAACGGGGCAGAAGUCCUGGGCUCGUCUGCCUUCUCCAUCACGGUCUGUGCCUGCAGCGUGACCCGCGCUGCCCUAACCACCGCGUGUGUAUGAACUCAUCGAACCCUCGCGGCGAUCUUAGGAGAAACUGCCGUCUUGUGAAGGAAGGGUGGGAGCCGUGGUGUGCAUCCAGCCCUGCCUAGCUGUCUGGACUUUGACAACCCACUUCUCCACUCUGGGCCUCAGUUUCGCAACGUGCUGAAUGCUGUUCUUGUCCAAAAGCGUGGUCUCCCUCAGGCUGGGCUGGAUUACAGAUAAUUCCAAAAUCUCAGCAGCUCAAACAACAGGUUCCAGAAAGAAGUUGGAAAUCGAAGAUUUAAGGAGAGAAUGUUGUUCUAAAAUAUUCUGACUUACUUCAAAGAGUAAGGCCAGAAACUUGAAAAGGUAUCGUUAACCCCUAAUUUAAAUUUAAUAUUAUCACCUGGUGUCCCUUCAGGGAACCAGUUUUCCAAAGCUGUGGAUCCUAAAAUGGGGCAUACAGUUGACCUCAGCGGAAAAGGCUGCAUUAACAUCUAAGAGGGGCAUCACGGAGAGAGAGGCGGGCGCCCUGGAUCCUGAUUGCCCUUCUGCCAGGAAGAUACGUGUAGCCAAAGAUGAAUUUGGGCCAAGUAGCUGCUUGCUCCUUUAGCCAUGGAAAAGCAGGGCCACGGUGAGAUGGGAAUCAUUCCAUCAGAGUCUUACUCCCACGUUAAGUUGUUGAAAAUCAACCGGGAACUUCUGGUCACUCACAUCCGCAACACCCAGUGUCUGGUGGACAACUUGCUGAAGAAUGACUACUUCUCCUCUGAAGAUGCGGAGAUCGUGUGUGCCUGCCCCACACAGCCUGACAAGGUUCGCAAAAUUCUGGAUCUGGUACAGAGCAAGGGCGAGGAAGUGUCCGAGUUCUUCCUCUACGUGCUCCAGCAACUUGCAGAUGCUUACGUGGAUCUCAGGCCUUGGCUGUUGGAGACUGGCUUCUCCCCCUCCGAGCUCAUUCGGAGCAGAGUUGUUGUCAACACUGACCCAGUGAGCAGGUACACCCAGAAGCUGCGACAGCAACUGGGCCUCGACUCCAAGUUCAUCCUGUGCUACGCCCAGAAGGAGGAGCUGUUGCUGGAGGAGAUGUACACGGACACCAUCGUGGAGCUGGUGGGCUUCAGGAACGAGAGCCUGGGCCUGCUGGGCAGCCUGGCCUGCCUGCUGGACCACUCCACCGGCGUCCUCAGCGAGCAGGGCGAGACCAUCUUCAUCUUCGGGGACGCCGGCGUGGGCAAGUCCAUGCUGCUUCAGCGGCUGCAGGGCCUGUGGGCCGCGGGGCUGCUGGACGCGGAGUUCAAGUUCUUCUUCCACUUCCGCUGCCGCGUGUUCAGCUGCUUCAAGGAGGACGACGCGCUGUGCCUGCAGGACCUGCUCUUUAAACAUUACUGCUACCCGGAGCAGGACCCGGAUGAGGUGUUCGCCUUCCUGCUGCGCUUCCCCCACACGGCCCUCUUCACCUUCGACGGCCUGGACGAGCUGCACUCAGACUUCGACCUGAGCAGCGUGCCUGACACCUCCUCCCCCUGGGAGCCCGCCCACCCCCUGGCCCUGCUGGCCAACCUGCUCAGCGGGAAGCUGCUCAAGGGCGCCGCCAAGCUGCUCACGGCCCGCACGGGCAUCGAGAUCCCGCGCCAGCUCCUCCGCAAGAAGGUGUUUCUGCGGGGCUUCUCGCCCAGCCAGCUGCGGGCCUACACCCAGAGGGUGUUCCCCGAGCCCGCCGUGCGGGACCGCCUGCUGGCCCACCUGGAGGCCAACCCCAACCUCUGCAGCCUGUGCGCCGUGCCCCUCUUCUGCUGGAUCGUCUUCCGCUGUUUCCAGCACUUCCACAGUGUUGCGGACAUCUCCACGCAGCUGCCUGACUGCACGGUGACCCUGACCGACGUCUUCCUGCUGAUCACCGAGGUCCACCUGAACAGGACGCAGCCCACCAGCCUGGUCCAGCGGAACACGCGCAGCCGGACGGAGACCUUCCGCGCCGGCGGCGCCGCCUUGCGCUCGCUGGGGCGGGUGGCCCACCAGGGCAUGGAGAAGAACCUCUUUGUCUUUGGCCAGGAGGACGUGCGGGCCGCCGAGGUGCAGGACGGAGAGCUGCAGCUGGGCUUCCUGCGGGCCGUGCCAGAGCAGGGCCUUGGGGGUGACCAGCAGGCCUAUGAGUUUUUCCACGUCACCCUCCAGGCCUUCUUUACCGCCUUCUUUCUGGUGGCCGACGACAAGGUAGGCACGCAGCAGCUGCUCAGGUUCUUCCGGGAGUGUGGGCUUCCUGGAGAGGCGGCCGCGGAGUCCUGCUACCCCUCCUUUCUCCCUGUGCGGUGUCUGAGGGGCCCCGGCCUGGCCGGGGAGGACCUCUUCAAGAACAAAGAUCACUUCCAGUUCACCAACCUCUUCCUGUGCGGGCUGUUGUCCAAGGCCAAGCAGAAACUCCUGCGGCACCUGGUGCCUGCGGCGGUCCUGCGGAGAAAGCGCAAGGCCCUGUGGGCGCACCUGUUUGCCAGCCUGCGGGCCCACCUGAAGAGCCUGCCCCGGCUCCAGUGCGAGGGCUACAACCAGGUGCAGGCCAUGCCCACCUUCAUCUGGAUGCUGCGCUGCAUCUACGAGACGCAGAGCGAGAAAGUGGGGCGGCUGGCGGCCAAGGGCAUCUGUGCGAACUACCUCAAGCUGACCUACUGCAAUGCCUGCUCAGCCGACUGCAGCGCCCUCUCGUUCGUCCUGCACCACCUCCGCAAGCGGCUCGCCCUGGACCUGGACAACAACAACCUCAAUGACUACGGCGUGCGGGAGCUGCAGCCCUGCUUCAGCCGCCUCACGGUCAUCAGACUCAGCGUAAACCAGAUCACUGACAGCGGGGUAAAGGUGUUAUAUGAAGAGCUGACCAAAUACAAAAUUCUGACGUUUUUAGGCCUGUAUAACAACCAGAUCACCGAUGUCGGAGCCCGGUACAUCGCCAGAAUCCUGGACGAGUGCAAGGGCCUCACGCACUUGAAACUGGGGGAGAACAAAAUAACGAGUGAAGGAGGAAAGUGUCUCGCCCUGGCUGUGAAGAAGAGCAAGUCCAUCUUUGAAGUUGGGAUGUGGGGCAACAGAAUCGGUGACGAAGGAGCAAAGGCCUUUGCAGAGGCUCUGAGGAACCACCCCAGCCUGACCAACCUGAGUCUUGCAUUCAACGGCAUCUCUACGGAGGGUGGAAAGAGCCUCGCCCAGGCCCUGCAGUGGAACACCUCUCUGAGAAUAUUCUGGCUCACCAAAAAUGAACUCGAUGAUGAAGUGGCAGAGAGCUUGGCAGAGAUGCUGAAAGUCAACCAGACGUUGAAACAUUUAUGGCUUAUCCAGAACCAGAUCACGGCCAAGGGGAUUGCCCAGCUGGCAGACGCAUUACAGAGGAACACUGGCAUAAUGGAGAUUUGCCUAAAUGGAAACUUGAUAAAGCCAGAGGAGGCCAAAGUCUUCCAAGAUGAGAAGCGGAUCGUCUGCUUCUGAGAGGCCACUGCUGUGCAUGGGGUGUGGGCCCCGGGCGGCCCGCUAGCAGAGCCAGCCGCCCCGU